AUGUCUAUAGUUCUUGAAACUACUAUUGGGGAUUUAACAAUAGAUUUGUUCACAAAAGAAAGACCACACUCUUGCAAAAACUUUCUGAAGCUGUGUAAAUUAAAAUAUUACAACUUUUGUCUCUUUCAUCAUGUACAAUCAAAUUUUGUGGCUCAAACAGGCGAUCCAACAGGUACUGGAUCUGGAGGACAAUCAGUAUAUGGAAUUUUAUCAGGAAAAGAUGCAAGAUACUAUGAAGGAGAAAAAAAACCAAAAAUUAAACAUGAUAGACCUGGACUUGUUUCAAUGGUUAAUUGUGGUGAUAAUUUAAUUGGAUCACAGUUUUUUAUAACUUUAGGUGAAGAUACAACUUGUUCAUUAGAUGAACAUAUUGUUUUUGGUGAAAUAGCUGAAGGUCAUGAUGUAUUAUUAAAAUUAAAUGAGACAAUUUGUGAUGCUACACAUCGACCAUAUCAGGAUAUAAGAAUCACACAUACAGUCAUCUUGGAAGAUCCAUAUUCUGAUCCUGACGGUUUAAUUGUACCUGGUCAAUCUCCUGAGCCACCAUUAGAAGUACUUCAGAGUGAUAGAAUUGGAGCAGAUGAAGACAUCACUGAAGACAUAGAUAUUGGAGAGUUAGAAGAAAAACGACAAGAAAAAGAAGCUCUAGCUCGUGCUACCAUUCUUGAAAUAGUUGGAGAUUUACCUUCUGCUGAUAUUGCACCUCCUGAAAAUGUUUUAUUUGUGUGUAAGCUAAACCCAGUAACCAGUGAUGAUGAUUUACAAAUAAUAUUUAGCAGAUUUGGUAAAAUUGUAAGUUGUGAAGUUAUUAGAGAUAAAAAGUCUGAGAAUUCUCUACAAUAUGCUUUUGUUGAAUUUGAUAAUCAAAAAUCAUGUGAAGACGCUUACCUAAAAAUGGACAAUGUACUAAUUGACGAUCGCCGAAUUCAUGUAGAUUUCAGUCAAAGUGUAUCAAAAAUUAAAUGGUUAGGCAAAGGACGAGGAGUAAAAUACACUGAUAAAGAUGACGAAGGAAAAAAUAUAAGUGAUAAAUAUUCUAAGUACAGAAAUAAGAAAAGAGAUAGUUAUGACUCAAGAAAUAAUUACAUUAAAAAUAAAAUGUCAAUUCAUGAAUCAAAACGUCAUAGAAAUGAUGAUAAAAACUAUAGAUAUCGAGAAAGUGAAAAAGAGGAAAGAGUACCCUAUAACAAAUAUUGGAGAAAUGAAAAAGAUGAAAACCGAAGACGUGAAAAGGAUGAUAAAAUGAAAAAAAAUUACAGAAAUGAAGGAGAAAGGAAAAACCAUAGAAACGAAAGAGAUGGAAAAAAUGAAAAGGACGACAAAAAUAAAAGAAGUAAUAGAGAUGAUAGAGAUAAAAGAAGUGAUAGAGGCGACCGAUCCAAAAGAAGUGAUAGACAUGAUAGGGAUGGUCGUAGAUAA